CGGAAGUUCAGAAAUUCUGAGCUUUCCUUUCUACAAGCCCACUCAACCUGAUUGUGGAUUAUGCAAGGUGGAUUGUGAUGCUACUCCACAUCCCAUGAUUGAAUUGGAAGGAGUGAAGUAUCAAAUUCUUGCAAAGCAGAAUGUUUUUGUCACAAUUAAGGACCCUAUUCUUGAAAAUUUCUUGAAUAAGAAGAGUUGUCAAUCUUUUGAGAGAAAUCUCUCUCUCCCAAUAUCUCCUAUAAUCACCUAUACAGUCUACCCUUUCCUCACCUUGUUCAGAUGCAAUUCUAGCAAGAAGAGAUUCCAAGAAGAUUUCUCUUACCAGGGUUUUCAGAGCUACAAUGGCCGCGAAAGUUUCACAUUAUACUAUAACAUCUCAUCCAUUUCUUCUACAGGAUAUACUCUUCCUACUAGCUGUUCAAUGAUUCAAUUGCCUAUAUGGCGUCAGGUUUUGAAUCAAAACCGAAUAAUAGCGACCUGUUCGAUCUGUUAGCUGCUGAAGUUUCUCUAGGAUGGAGGGUAUCUAAUAAGUGUAAUCAGUGUUAUUCUAGAGGAGGACGGUGUGAAGUUGACAGCAACAACAAUUUUUUUUGUUCUGCUGGUGAAGGCAAAGGAACAUUGAAAAAGCGUCAUCUUCGGACAACCUUGCUCGUCAUAGUCACAGUUGCAGUUUUCUCUUGCACUGGAAUUUUGACUUUGCUCUUCUGCUUCAGAAAAAAGAUUUUCUUGCACAAGUACCUCAGGUUUUGGGAAACCAAAGCUGAGGAUCACCGAAAUAUUGAAGCAUUUCUGAAAAACUAUGGGCCAUAUGCUCCAAAGAGAUACAGCUAUUCAGACGUCAGAAAGAUGACCAGUCACUUCAAAAACAAACUAGGUCAAGGAGGAUAUGGUUAUGUAUAUAAAGGAAGUUUGCAGAAUGGAAGGCAUGUGGCUGUGAAGGUCCUGAAUGAACUGAAAGGCAGUGGUGAAGAUUUCAUUAACGAGGUGGGAAGUAUUAGCAGGACAUCACAUGUUAACAUCGUGAGGCUUGUGGGAUUUUGUUUUGAGGGCCGCAAAAGAGCUCUCGUUUAUGAAUACAUGCCAAAUGGAUCUCUUGAAAAGUUUAUCUAUGAGGAAAUAUCCGACAGAGUUCGCCAAUUGGAUUGGCCAGUACUGUACAAAAUUUCACUAGGCAUUGCUCGAGGAUUGGAGUACUUGCAUCGUGGUUGUAACACUCGGAUUCUACAUUUUGAUAUAAAGCCUCAUAAUAUACUGCUUGAUGAAGAUUUUUGUCCUAAGAUCUCUGACUUUGGCCUUGCCAAACUAUGCAUGAAAAAGGAGAGCAUUGUGUCAAUGUUAGGUGCCAGAGGGACUAUUGGUUAUAUUGCUCCAGAAAUUGUUUGCAGAAACUUGGGAGGUGUCUCUCACAAGUCUGAUGUCUAUAGCUAUGGAAUGAUGGUCCUAGAGAUGGUUGGAGGAAGAAAAAAUGUUGACGCCAGACUUGAUCAUACGAGUGAAAUCUACUUUCCAGAAUGGCUCUGUCAACGAAUUGAACUGGAUGAAGAACUUCAAUUAAUUGGGAUAAUGAAUGAAGAGGACAAAGAAUGUGCACGAAAGAUGGUGAUAGCAAGUCUAUGGUGCGUCCAAACUGGUCCCUCAAAUCGACCAUCUAUGACUAAGGUUGUGGAAAUGUUAGAGGGGAACCUAAACUCUUUGCAAAUUCCUCCCACGCCUUACCUAUAUUCUCCCUCAAGAACAGAGGUAGAUUCAUAGCACUAGAAUUGACCUCAUCAGCAGUAGAAUUGACCUAAGCUUUGUUUGUUGAUAUGUCAGCUAUUAUUUGUGUAGUCUCAUUUUUGUUAUGGAAUUUUAGUAAAAGCAGGUACAGUUGUCUCUAUUUUCUCCUUAUAAGAGGUUGUUAAGUUUGGUAUCCAAUGUACUUAUAUGUCCUUGAGUCUUAAAGGAUGUAGAAUCAUAUAUUUCUUAAUGAUUGAUCGCUAAAAAUAUCAGCGAUUUGUCUGAA